UUCCUUAAAAUCCCACACGUAACAUUCCAAUGACUCCAUGAGACGGGAAUAACCUCCUGUGAAAACCUCUUUGUUAAUCAAACCUUUUUUUGAAUUGAUCCGGACUUGAAAUACAAGUGGGAAGAAUCUGAACAGCCUGUCUCUUUUUAAGUCAUUCUUUGCACUGGCCAUUCAAGUGCGGCACCAUUCCGUUAUUUUAACGCAUUUUCGGGAUUGUAUUUUUGUAAGCGUUAAAUUGUGACUUUUUUUUAGUUGUUUAAAAACAAAAACAAAACAAAAAAAAAAACUUUUUUGCGUCUUUGCACACAUUGUAUUAUCAAAAUUGUAGUUCGUUUUGUUUCUAGUAGUACAUAUAAUUUAAAUAAAGUAGUUAAAAUGACAGGUGCGACUUCUUUGGACGCUGUUAAGAGAAAAAUCCAAACUUUGCAACAGCAAGCGGACGACGCAGAAGACCGGGCUUUAGUUUUACAGCGCGAGCUGGACAAUGAACGGGAGCUCCGAGAGAAAGCUGAAGGUGAUGUUGCGGCUCUGAACCGCAGGAUUCAGCUGGUGGAGGAGGAACUGGACCGAGCUCAGGAGAGGCUGGGUACUGCAUUGCAGAAACUGGAAGAGGCUGAGAAGGCAGCAGAUGAGAGCGAGAGAGGUAUGAAGGUAAUUGAGAACCGCGCCAUGAAGGACGAGGAGAAGAUGGAGAUUCAAGAAAUGCAGCUGAAAGAGGCCAAGCACAUUGCCGAGGAGGCUGACCGCAAAUACGAGGAGGUGGUCCGUAAACUGGUGAUUCUUGAAGGUGAGCUGGAACGAGCCGAGGAGAGAGCCGAAGUUGGAGAAUGCAAAUCUACCGAUUUGGAGGAGGAGUUGAAAAAUGUUACCAACAACCUUAAAUCCCUAGAGGCUCAGUCAGAGAAAUACUCAGAAAAAGAGGACAAGUAUGAAGAAGAAAUCAAGGUUCUCAGUGACAAGCUGAAGGAGGCUGAGACCCGUGCAGAGUUUGCAGAAAGAACAGUGACCAAACUGGAAAAAUCCAUUGAUGACCUGGAAGAAAAAUUAUCUAGUGCUAAAGAAGAAAACCUGGGAAUGCAUCAAGUCCUGGAUCAGACACUUCAAGAGCUGAACAGCUUAUAAGAGGAUGAGAGAGAAAGAAAGACAUCCAUCCAUCAACAUUACACAAAUACUCUCAUUCACUCCAAAUCUCAAGCUAUUAAGCCAUAUUUUCUCACAGAAGAAUAAUUUGAAUUUUUAGAUAUUUCUUUAGCAUUUUUUGUUCCCUGGAUUCCAGGGGGGAGGUAACCAUCCCAAUAAUAAAAACUAGCAAGUAUACCCCCCCUCCCCAUUUAUACCAUGAUCAAAGGAAUCAUGUAAAUUCUUCACACUGUAACACACCAAUCCCUACCAAAGCUUUCUAAAUAAUUAGCUGACGUUUCUCCUGAGGUGCUAUGUCUCUGUUUCCCCACUGAAACAAUGUUAUAAGUAGCUUAAUAAAUGCUAUACCACAUGGAAAGUGUAUACGUUAGUGUGCUGGGUAAAAAUACCUCAACAUUCCCUCGAAUAUUUGGCAUUAAUGAUUCCCGGGCAAAUGAAGUCUUUAAAAGUGCAAGUUUUCCAUGCAGAGUUUUUGACUGUGUCAAGCCUGCCACCUAUUGGUCAAAUGGUGCACUGCAUCACAAACGUUAUAACUGACUGAUAGUGGGACAUUUGAGGAAUAACAUCGCAAAAUGAUUGAUGAUGCUUUAUUAAAUAUAAUUUUUUUUAUUUUUUAAUUGCAUGAUUUGAUUCCAUUUGGCAUUUAAGAAAGUACCAGAAAACACCAUGGUUGUACCAAUAAGAUUUGUAAAUGGUGCCACUGGAAAUGAUGUCAAUAUGGUAUAUCACGUGAAUAUGGUAAUAAUAAAGCCACCAUAAAAUGGGGACAAACAAAGACCAAGGGAAUACCAGUUCAUUAACUAGACUUUUUUUGUGAAUUCAUAGUUUUUUUCUGUCAAUUAUUAUAAAAUGCCUCAUAAGUUUCUUUUCC